AUGUCUGAUCCAGUUGAGCCCAAGACAAGAGAAGAUUCAACAAGCGAAAUAGAAAGGGAAAUUCAAAAAAACGAACAUGUAAAUGUACUACGCCCUAUAAUUCCUCUUGGUGAAAGAAAAUUAACCAAGGACUCUCGCAUUACUGACGACUUAGAAUUGGCCGUAUAUGAGACCCGUAGUGUCGACGAGGGUGUCAAUCCGUGGCAACCAGAGUUACCUUGGUAUAAGCAUCCGACAAAGAAGAGAUGGCUUCUUUGGGGACUGAUAGGAUUUUUUAUCGUCGUUGUUGUUGUCGUAGAUAAUUCAAGCGCUGCAACAUAUUACAAACAACAUGCAUCAACAUGGAGCAAGGCCUUCACUGUCGACUUCAGAGGCCCCGAUGACUAUGUGAAGGAGCUGGACCGUCGAUUAAAUCAAAUGGCCAGCAACGCCAAUACAACGACUUACUUUAACUACGUGACCAUCAUCCAAGCUUCCAGCUACGGCAAAACAAGAUCCAUCCUUCAGCUCACACAUUGGCGUCCUCUAAUAUAUGUAUGCUUUCGAAAGGACGACUCCAGUGGAUACCCUGCCGCCACACCUCAGAGCAAAGUCAUGUUGGCUGACAUAAAUAGUAAUAGAGCGGAUUCCAUUGACAAUGCACACGGGCUGGCUACGAUCCAUGAUCCGAACGAUCUGGCAACCAAAUUCUGGAAUACGGUUUCUGAGGAGCAGACUGUUGCCAUAAAGACCAAAGAUUCUCAGAGAGACAUUGAGGGAGAUAUUGGUACUGGUUAUGGCAAACUGCAUGAAUGCCUGAGAAUUAUCAUCUUCUUUGAUGAAGCAUCCGCUCUCCUUGACAAAUACACCAACUCUGCAGUUUCCAACCUAGCACCAUGGAAAGAGCAUGAUCCAUCUGCACGAGAUUAUAACCACAAAGUUCAUCAACCUUUUAUUUACAUUGCAACAAUGGAUUGUUUCAGGGAAUCUGAAAAAAUACCUCAGGAAAAAGUGCUGUCAGGACAUGACAUUGUUCAUUUUGGCUGGCCACUAUGGGGAUCAUACUGGGAGAGUUUAGAACAAAGUGAUGAGACGAAGUUCAAGGACAUAGUAAUAGGGUCUUUGGCACAGUUUAAACUGCUUGGCAUCUCAAGUGAGGCAUCAUAUCUCAUCAAGUCACACAUGGCAAUGCUGAUUGCCAUUGAUGAAGAGCACAGGAGGCACCUGAUCAAAUAUCCAUCUGAACCUGUGCUAUCUGAAGCAGCGAUGGAACUUCUCUCAGAGGAUGGUGCUGAAUAUGAUAUUCUGACAGAAUUGGACAGGGCCUUUCAGAGUGGAGCUGGUUCUCUCCCAGAGGGAAAAAAUGAAAAGCAAGGUCUGGUUGUAUUAAAAGAUGCAAUAUAUGAUAUUCUUGGGCCAUAG